UCAAUAUACCUAUCUCAUUCCCUCUACACCUCCAGUAUGGCAUUGAAAUAUUCCCAGUAUUAUACUCAAGUUCUGGAGCAACGAUCACUCAGAAACAUAGUUUACUCAUGCGUUAUAUAUUUAAGACUCUCAAUUGUCUUCUUAUGCGGUAUUUCAUUUUACUUGACAGUCCUAUUUCUAUCUCGUGAUCGUCCCACCAUUUCAGUUGAUGAUUUGUAUGUUUCUUCGCUAAACAAAACCUCCAGUUCGUUGACUAAUACCACUACAAUCGAUAUCGACCUCAAAUUCCAGAAUGAGAAUUCUCGGGUAGGCAUUUACUACGAGGAUCCUCUAAAUCUCACCAUCACUUAUAUCCCACAAAACAUAACCAUUUUUAUCAACAUUCAAGGGUUUUAUCAAGGGAACGGAAAGGGUAACAAUAUCCAAGCCUCUGCAGUGUUUCAAAACUUGUUUUCAGACGUUGAACAGCGUAGGAUACUGGGAGAAACGCAUGUUUUAUUGUUUGGUGCAGCCAAAGUGAUUGAUUUCAGGGUAGAUUUGGAGGCCAAAAUAAAGUUUAAGUCGAUUGAGAACAAAAAGUCCAAUCUGUUGGUCAGAUCUGAUGUGAAGGUCAACGGCAACACUGGGACGUCUGUUCUAAAGACUAUUCAAAUGAAGUAUACUUCUGGAUCGAAUAACUGGGGAGCUGUGCAAUGGCUACUAUUCCUUCCUUUUUUUAUUUCAUUUAUGGUUGUUACUUUCAUUGGUGUUUUGAUACCUUUAAUAAUACUGCUGGUUUUUUCUUCUAAAAACUUUUAGCGUCUGUUUCAUAUGGUUUGCAUUGGGCUUUCGCUUUUUAACCCUUAUAUGAGUUUUAUUGUAGUGAAUGUUUCACAUAGAAAUUAGCUCAAAUAAAGAUAUUACUUAAAUAAAUGAAAUCCUGUG